AAUAUUUGACAAUCGUUUUAAUGGAUGUGCAUAAAAAACAAUUAUUAUGCGUUAAUCAUGGUUUAACCUAAAGAUUCUGUAAAAAUGAGUAGGCCUAAUGAUCAUGAUUUUUCUUGGACUAAACCAAUGGAUCUAUUCUCAGAGAAGAAGAUGGUUAAGAUAUGUGCUCCAAUGGUCAGAUAUUCAAAGUUGCCAUUUAGGACUUUGGUGAGAAAGUAUGACUGUGAUCUGGCAUUCACACCAAUGAUUGUGUCCAAUUCAUUCAUUCACUCGGUGAAAGCAAGGGACAGUGAAUUCACAACAUGUUCUACUGACAGACCAUUGAUUGUACAGUUUGCAGCAAGCAACAGUAAGGACUUGGCCGAUGCUGCUGAAAUAGUUGCCCCAUAUUCUGAUGGUGUAGAUUUGAAUUGCGGAUGCCCUCAGAGAUGGGCUAUAGCAGAAGGUUACGGAGCCUGCUUGAUAAAGAAACCAGAGUUAGUGCGAGACAUGGUGAAUCAAACUCGAGCACGAGUCUGUAACUCAGACUUCACAGUCUCAAUCAAAAUCAGGAUACACAAUGAUCUCAGGGAAACUGUUGACCUUUGUCAAAAGGCAGAAUAUGCUGGUGUAUCUUGGAUAGCAGUCCAUGGUCGAACGAAGGACCAGCGGGCAGAACCGGUAAAUAAAGAAGCAAUAAAGCUCAUCAAAGAGAGUGUUAAUAUUCCUGUGAUAGCCAAUGGUGACAUUAGAAGCCUGCAAGAUGCAGAAGAAAUACAGGGGGUUACAAAAGUAGAUGGGGUCAUGGCUGCAAGAGGUAUUCUUCAAAAUCCUGCCAUGUAUGGUGGUUUUGAGCAUACACCGCUACAAUGUGUUCAAGAUUGGAUCGACAUUGCCAUGUACUCCGGAGUGACAUACCCUAUUUUCCACCAACACCUGAUCUAUAUGAUGGAAAGGUUGUUCUGCAGAGCAGAGAGGAGGGUGUUUAAUGUACUAGCGAGUACAUCUGCAGUGCUGGACUAUCUUGAGACACAUUACAGUAUAUCAAAUAAAGCUUAGAAAUUAUGAA